ACAUAAAAGUACUAGAUUUUAAAAAAUUAAACGCAAAAUUAUUUUGUAAUCGAAGUUAUUUUGACAUUGUGCAAAUAAAAAUGCUUAAUUGAGAUAUAAAGUGCACACAAAAAUCACUCCUUAUUAAACUGCCAGUAAAUCAAAUUUAAGGCAUACCAAAAUGCCGAAAAAAGGAUUUCCAAAAAUUUGCAAUUAUUGCAAAAACCAUCCUAUAGCAGGAGAAAUGCCAGUGCUUGAAAAGCAUCACAGACCCUGUGAAAAAUACAACAACAAAGAGCACUUCAAGAUAUGCAAACCUUGUGAACGAAAUCACAGAAAAACUGAGAAUGUUCGCAUUUGGCGAGCAAAGAAGGCUAACAAGAAGCCAUCAGAUAUUGCAAUCGACAAAAUUAUUGCUGAAUUGUUGAAAGAUGAGGUUAAUUAUGAAAUUGUCAACUCCAAAAACGUUGAUCAAAAUAGUUCAGAUGAAAUGUUUGAAAUUAUCACUGAUGAUUUUAUAAUGGCUGAAGAUUCAGGUUCAAUCAAAAAUGAAUGGAAGCAAUAUACAGAGUUGCCAAACCAAGAUUGCAACGAUUCUGGAUUCACACUCGUAAUUCAGCAUCCAUUGUUCCCAAAUGUAUUAUUGAAUGAAAAUGAUGCGAUGAGAUUCCAAAGUCAAAUCGAAGACAUGAUCGAUGACUUGCGUGAAAAUGAGAAGACACCGAAAUUUAUCAGUCAUGUCAUUGAAAAUGGUUGCUGGAGAGUUGUAUCUGCUGAUGAAUCAACUCAAAAAUGGUUCAAAGAAAAAGCUUCAGCCUUUACAUGCCUUGUUGACAACACUAAUGUUCCAGUUCGAGUUAUUCCAUUGAAUGAACUCCCAAGGUUCAUUUGUGCGGGCUAUAUUCCUGGAAAAGCUAUUGAAAGUGCUAAAAUUCUAGGUCGCAUACAAAAACAAAAUUCAGGAGUUGACACUUCACGUUGGUACAUCCGCGAAAUUGAACAGCAAGAGAAACAGUUUCUCAUUAGAUUCAUGAUUGAUCCCAUAAGUUUGAAUAAAAUUCAGGAUCUUAAUUGUGUGCUCAACUUUGGAAUGAAUCAAGUAAAUUUGUUCAUUUGUGAGCAAGUUGAUGAGAAAUUUGAGGAACCUGAAGAGCAAAUUGUAGUUUGUUGAAGACCAUUCUGUCUUAUGAGUACUAGAAGUAUUCGCUUAAAAGAUUUUCAUACUGUAAGUAUCAAUUAUAUCAGCUGGAAUGAAGGAAAUCAACAACAAUAAACUAACAUUAUAUUUACUAUGAAGCGUAUUGUCAAACUAUUGGAA